GAGAUCUAAGUCGAAUAAGACCAAAACGACCGAUUAGUUGACUAGUCGACUAAGAGGGAGCAGCCCUACAACCAGGAUGCUGCGGGGCUGUUAAAUGGCAACUGCCGCGUGCUCCUCUUUGUCGUCAACCAUCCGUCACUAAAUCCUACCGUACUUUUUCCAGUUGGCAAAGAAAAGCAGCAAAUACUCACGUUUGAGAGGCUGGCACUACAGAAUCUUUAGCAUUUUAUCGCAUGGCAAUUUGAAAUAUAAAAGCCAAAAACUCUUAAUUGACUAUCGACAUAGUUCCCGAUUGUCGAUCAACUCGUUAAAUCUCGUUGAAGCUCUGAUUCUGCGCUCAUGGCCAGCUGCUCCAUAAUCCUUCCCUUCAUCUAUGAAACCAGGAGAGAAAAAGGUGAUUCCAGCAGUAGUUUGUAGGGAGAGGGUGCAUGCUGAUGGCUGUUUUAUUUUUUUUAUUUCCACUCCAAUGUAAACCUCCAGUAACCCCCACUGUGUAGACUUUGUAUAGCGGGGAUGUCGCUCAAACUGGAGUUCCACAUAGAGGUCUUUCUAUAGCGCUCAGUUUUGAUGUACAGACAUUUAAAUCAGCCCUGCUGGUUUCCUUAAAUAAGGCCCCAGCUGCAAACUUAAAAGGGGUACAAAUCAUAAACAUAAUUCAUGGUCUGAGUCUCAAUUGUCUGAAGCUCAGCGUACGUUCUCUCUCACACCCCCCCACCCCCAUUUUAACACUUCAAAAUCUUGUAUCAGUUUGUGUGAUUUGCAAAACUACUUUUACUGCUUUUGUUUUGUUUUUAGAGAUCUAGUGGAACCUUUUAGAUUAAUGUACUCAAAUUCUUUUAUAUUGACAUGAACAUACAUUUUCUAAGAGGUUUCAGUUUGACUGGGGAUGUUUCCAGGUCUGAAGUUAGUAAGGGAGCGAGGCACAUUUUUAGUUAUGGCCGUGCACUCGCAUUCUGCAUGCGUUCUGGUCCUGGUUCUGCUGCUGCCGCACGGCCCAGGGCGCGUGGCGGAGCUCGCGGUGGCGGCGGAGUACUCCUCCAAGAGCGACCUGGACUACGAGUUCGCGGACUACCGGGGGAAGUGGUGCAUCGACGACCACGGCUUCGUUUACGGCAUCGGAGAGGUCUAUUACCCGAGCCCCACGGCGUGUCCGUGCACGUGCACCGCGGACGGUCCCGUGUGCGUCCGACCCAAGUGUCCCCGCAUCCACCCCCGGUGCACGCGGAUGGGAUACAAGGAGUGCUGCCCGGUGUGCGAGGCCAUGGCCAGGGUCUGUGUCUACGGGGGCAAAACGUACCGGCUCCUAGAGGAGUUCAGGUUGUCGAGGUGUGAGCGAUGCCGCUGCCAGGCCAACAGAGAGGUGUACUGCAGCAUUUCGGACUGCCCCGCCCCCCACUGUGUCAACCCCAUCUACGAACCCAACCACUGCUGCCCCAUCUGUAAGACCGGUCCCAACUGCUUUGCGGGGAACAGGGUGAUCCCGGCGGGGGAACGUGUGAACGUCGACGAGCGGACGGUAUGCUACUGCACCUAUCGGGACGGGACGUGGCACACCCAUCCCCACGCCACCUGCGAGCAGCGGCCCGAGCCCAGCCCAACACCCAGCGCCCGCACCGAGGCCCCAGGGGACAAGGAGUCCAGGAAAAGGUCCUUCUUUCCCAGACUGGCUGUGAUACCAUGA